CACUAGUCGAUUUCAAGUUUGAAAAUGGAUCAGUUUUCGUAUGGAGAUAACUUUUUUCUUGAUGUAUGGACGGGUUUAAUACCUUUUCAAGAGCCUCCUCACAUGUAAUGUACUUAAAUAGGGAAGCUCUGAUCAUUGAGAUCAUUGAUUGGUUUAAGAAAAUUGAUAUUGCUAGAGCUCCUGGCCAUUAAAUCACAAUAUAUUUUGAGCUUUCCUCCAAAAAAUGAACAACGACCAGCAUUAUUGUUUACGGUGGAACAAUUUUCAAACAAAUGUUGUAUCAGAACUUGAAUCUUUUUGGAAUGAUGAAAAUUUUGUUGAUGUGACUCUCUCUUGCGGAGCAAAACAAAUCAAAGCUCACAAGUUAAUUCUAUCUGCUUCUAGUCCAUACUUCAAACAAAUUUUCCAGGAUAACCCAUGCAAGCAUCCUAUAGUCAUGCUGCAAGAUGUUGAUCCUAAUAUAUUGAAGCUAAUUCUGGAGUAUGUGUACACUGGAGCUGUAAAUGUGUCUGAAAAACUCAUGCCAUCUCUCUUACGUACAGCUGAUAUGCUUCACAUACGGGGUCUCACAGAAACCUCUUCAACUUCAGUUCCUAUGUCAACAUCUUCAGUCGAAAAUAUCAAAAGAGAGGUUCCAGACUGUGAGCAAGAGGUCAUGCCUCCAGUCAAAAAAAUGUCGCGGAAGUCAACUCUCCUUGAUGAACCAAGGAUUAAUCAUUUUGAGGAGCUGAAAAAUGUUGUUGAAGGUACAAGUGAAACUUGCUCUAGGAAAUCGCAACUAUUUAACCCAGAAAUUCUCAGUAACAAUCACGUUGAGUCCCAGAGCUCCAGUAUGGAGUUUCAAGGAAACACGGAUUCCCUUGAGGGAGCAGCAAAUAUAUUCAAUUUCCCUGGAGAAGUAAUUGCCGAUGUCACCAUUAAAAGUGGUUCAGAAGGAUCUCGAUCUCAUUCUCUAGAUCCUCGCCCUUGUCCAGUCUGUGGACAUGUUUACAGCAAUCUAUCAAAUUUACGACAGCAUAUUAGACUAAUUCACAAUCCAGAGUGUGUGACGUGUCCUUUGUGCUCCAAGACUUUCAAAAACAAGUUGUACCUCAAAAGACACUUGAUUAGUUUUCAUGAACUAGCACCACCCUCGCAAGACCAAGACCGUGCCAAAGCAGCCAUGUAUAGUAACCUCUUAAAUAAUGCCGCCUUGUCCUCUGAUCAAAAUAGUAAUCCAGUUGAUCCGCGAUCAUACUCCCAUGUUAUGUCCACGCAAGGAAUUAGUCCAAGAAGGAGACAUGACGAAAUCAAUAGCAUGUUGUUUGGGCAUCAAAAAAACCUAAUUAAUCCCCAAAAAAGCACAUUUUUUGAUCAAAGCUUAGAUGAUAAAUUAGAAACUCCCAUGGAUACGAACAGUAAUUGUUAUAACGAGUUUCACCCUUAUGGUGCUGUGUUGGAUAAGAGUAUAAUGAACAAUAAUCAUGAUACCCUGUCAUCGCACAACAAACAAUCAGUCCUAGCCCAGGGGAAGCACCAAUAUUUACAGAGUCCUGUAACUUCCUCAAAUAGUCCAUCAAAUCCCGUCCAAAACUAGUAAGCUUAGUCAUUUUCUUGGUCUUGCAUUUUUCUUGUCUCUCAAUUCUUGUAGCUCUCUUCUUUAUCCUGAUCCUUAAGUAUACACAAUGAAAGUAGCAGCUGGUAUCUCGACAGUGAAACUAUCAGACCACAUAAGUAUCUUGUGUGCGGUGUUUAAAAAUCUCUUCUCCCAUUUAAUUUUUUUGACGGAGAGCAAAUCGAUAUCAUUCCUUGGAGUAUUCAGAGCUUUCCUCUCACAGGGAAAAAUUGAUGUUGGGUGGUUUUCCAUUUAAAAAAUAAAGUAUGACAGAAAGUUUGCAUUGUUGCAAACCGAGAUACGUGGUCUGGUUUUUUGCUGUCAAUAUACUGUAUUGGUGCAUAACAACUGAAAAACAUACACACAACUAUUUUUGAGUUUAAGGUAAAUGUCUGCAGUUUCUCAAUUUGAUCUCAUUUCAUAACCAGAUAAAUCCCUCUGUUCCAGGGAACUCUCUAAGAGUUGAAAGAAUACUUCGAGUCCUUUCCUCAUGCACAAUAAUAGAUUUUAAACUAUAACUGACUGUAAUAACCAAAUGGCAUUUCAAAGACUUUGAACUUUAAAAAUUUGCUUUAGAUAGCUUUAAAUUUUUGAAAAAAUGCUAUCUCAGUAAAUACGAGUUGCUGAUUGUCUGGUCAAGACAGAAAAUAAUUUCACAGGUAACAGACAACUUACCUUGUGGUAGAAGUGAUCACAGGAAUCUUUUAUGGGAAAUAUGUAUGUGACUGUCCACAGAGAAAGGGAACUUAGUCCACGAAAAUUCAUAAUCGGGUAAUACAAAGGCUGUCCCAAAAGAGCUGGGAGUUGGCCUGCUCUGAGCAAACUAUUGAAAAUAUUAGAAUACAGUUUGCAUGAUUUUGUAGUUUAUUUUAUUAGCUUUCUAAUGAGCCCUUGUUGAACUCAUUUGAUGAAAAAUUCACAUUUUUACAGCGAUUUUUCGGCAACAUAUAUACGCAAACCCCCUGGAAUUUUCGCGUCAUUUUUUAUUUAAUCUCCACCUCCUUUCUGUGAGGACAAACAAACACUCAAAAUGAAGUUUGCCCAUUUUCAGAAGCAAGAUGCGACUGCAAAAGCUAAUCAAUUAAGCUACAAGUUCCUGCAAACCGUAUUUCAAUAUCUAUAAUACUUGCACAGAUCAAGGCAACUCUCAGUUUUUUUGGGACGGCCUUUGUAGAUAUCACAUCAUUUAAGGGAGUCCUUCAAACAUCUCAUCACAAAAAACAAUGUUUUUUUUCAAUUUACUCCUGUUUGGGCCUUAAGUGGUAUUAGAACAAUACCUGGUGCUUUGAUGAGUACAAUUUACUCAUACGCAGCUUUUAAAAUUUUGAUGUUUUGAUGAUACACAAGUGUCAUCAGUAGUUAGUAGGAAAUUUCCUCUGGCACCAAACAAUUUGAAGUGACUAGCCGAACUUCUGAUAAAUCUCUCUAUACCAUCAAUGUACAUUGAUUCAAUUUUUGAUGUCUGAUCGGUAGGUUCUAGUAUAGUAUUUUAAGGUUGCUCUCUGCUUUGUGCGGAAUAGCCCUCAGGUAAUCUUACUAAGUGUACGUAGUAAGUGUCUAAGAUUAGAAAUUUAAUUGGUAUUCAAAACCACGAUAACUGAAAUCUUCAAGUGGUAUGUCUUUAUAUUGCUGUCUAGAUUUAGCUGGCCACUUCUAAGAGCUGAAGCUGGCAUCGUUGUAUACAUAAAUUUGGCUGUGCAAUAUUAAUAUCCUUCUAUUUAAAUCCUAGGAAUUCACUUAUAAAUUUUAUAAUCCUAAAUAGACCAGUUUUAAUUGCUUGUGUGGGUAUUAGUCUUCGGUUUCAUGAUGAACUCUUCAAAAAAAAAAAAAAAAAAAGAAAUCAGUAGAAAGAAUGCUUCUGGCAUUAGGGUUCAACUUUAUGCAAGAUAUUUGCCCUUUUUUUCAUCAUUGAUCUAAGUGUCUGUUACAAAACUCCACGAAUCACCCACAAAAUGCGGUGUUAAAUUUUUAUUCGAUGAAAAUUUUAAUCUUGUCCCAGUUCAUUUUUCGCAACAAUCCUCCAGCCUCGAUGGCAUUUACAAAUUUCAUUUGUCAUGACUGAAUCACUUUUACGUUCCUCUUGCAUUAAGUUAAUGGUGCAUACUUCUUUUUAUUCAAAGUAUAAAUAUGUUACUUUGCCCUUUCGUUAACAGAUAAUUGUGUGUCAUUUAUUAUUAAGUUUUUAUUUUAUUCAUAUUUUUUCCCCCCUCAUAAAAAUUCAAUGGACUAAAAAAACCUAAAACAGUAGUAAUAUGAAAUGAUGUUUAAGUCUUCUUCCGCUUGAGUGAUUUUGAAGCAAACCCUGUAGGUAUAGCCAGUUGAGAGAAAAUUUUUUGACUCCAGUAGAAGUGGUUUGGUGUGACGAAGUACAGGAGUUCUUUUAUCAUAUAACUAAGUUCAUAGUUUGCCAUUGAAGACAAAGUGUAAAAUUAUCCUAUUAGUUAUUUAAUUCACCUCAAUCAUCAUGUUCCCAAAGUAGAUUUUUCAAUUGAACUCUACAUCAUAUGUUUCUAUUGGAAUUACUUAAUCGUGCCGUUUGUAUUUUAUGUAAAAAAAUAAAAUGACCUACGAAUUUGA